AGGUUAAGCUUAAGUUACUAGCUUGAUCCAUCAAGGGGGACAUGGAGGAAGGUGCAAAUGUCCAACGACCACCACUGUUGCGUGGACCAAAUUACAAUUUUUGGAAGGGGCGCAUGAGAGCUUUCUUAAAGUCCCAAGGUGGGAGAGUUUGGAGAAGCAUAGAAACUGGGUGGACAGAACCCACAGAGACCAACGCAGAAGGAGAGAAGGUGGCAAAAUCCUUUGAGAAAUACUCAAAGGAAGAGGCAACACUGGCUGAAUGCAAUGAUAAGGCACUCAAUGCACUAUUUGGGGCAGUUGAUAGCUCACAGUAUCGACUCAUUUCCAAUUGCACUGAAGCAAAGAAGGCCUGGGAGAUCCUUGAAACCACUCACGAAGGAGAUGAACGAGUAAAAACUGCUAAACUACAGAUUCUCAUGACCAAAUAUGAGAAUCUGCGCAUGGAUGAUAAAGAAAAAAUAGCAGAAUUUCAUGGGAGAGUAAGAGAACUGGCAAAUGAGGCUGAAAAUCUGAAAAGGCCUUUCACAGAAGAUAGUCUGGUGUUGAAGGUAUUGAGAGCUUUACCCGAGAGCUAUGCAAUGGAUGCCAAAGCUAUUCGCCAAGCACAUGACAUAAAGAACAUGACACUGGAUCAGCUGAUGGGAAAUCUUGAGACCAUUGAGCUUCAGAUGAACGAAGAAAUUAACCAGAAGAAGAGUGUCAAACAGAUUGCAUUCCACAGCCACAAUACUGAAGAAGAAGAUGAUGAUGAGGAUCCAUCAGAUGGAGAUUAUCAAGAACAAUUAUCCCUCAUCACCAAGCAGUUCAAGAAGCAAUGGAUGCAGAAGAAAGGAAGAACAAAUUAUCAAGCUGAAUCUUCAAAGGGGUUUCAAUUUAGAAAUCCAAGGCCAAAGGAGAGCAGGGUCCUAGCUGAUGACUCCAAACGAAGAGGACCUCAAUGCUUUGAAUGUGGGGGAUUUGGGCAUAUACAACCAGAAUGUGCAAAUAAUCUCAAAAAGAAACGGCAAACUUUUGUGUCAACAUGGAGCGAUGAAGAAGAUGACUCUGAAGAAGUCCGAGGGAACAACAGCUGUGCAUUCACUACUCAAACACAUAAUGAAGAUCCAGCCUCACUAACCGACUUGUGGUGCUGCAGGAAGAGUUGGAUAGCCUUCGUAAAAAGCUUGAUGAAACCAUGCAACAACUGGAACAGAUUGAAGGUGAAAAGGCAAAUCUAAACUAUGAACUCACUCAACUUAAAAGCUAUCAAAAGUGGAUGAAGAGUGCAGGUGCAGAACAGAUUGAAGACCUCGUAGACAAGUCAAGGUUCUAUGGAGACAGAACCGGCAUUGGUCAUACUCUACCAGAGAGCAGCAAAACACCCCUUGAUUUGUUUGUACCAAGAUCAAAGAUUGCUGCUAAAGAACUAAAAGAGUACAACAGAG